CCAUGACCAGAAAGGUAAAAAAAGAACUAUCUUUGUUUACAAUACUCUCAAAAUGGGGAUUCGGUUGCCUGAGAUGAUGCUUCAUGCGAAGCAAACUAUACGAAGGUGGUCACGUUCUAAACACCAAUACUCUUAUCGGACAUCGAGUUCAGUUAAUGUCCCGAAAGGCCAUUUUGCUGUUUAUGUCGGAGACGAAGAGAAGAACAAGAGAUUGGUGGUCCCGAUAUCAUACUUGAAGCACCCUUUGUUCCAGGCCUUGUUGAAUCAAGCCGAACAAGAGUUUGGGUUUGAUCAUCCAUUGGGUGGUCUUAUGGUUCCUUGUGCUGAAGACGAAUUCAUCAACCUCACUUCUCGUACUAUGCAUGCCUGAUUCAAUGAGCUCAUAAUGAAGUUGAACCUACGUGGGGUUCUCAUUUGUUUUUUUUAGUUUGAUCUUGCAUUGUAACUAUAUGGUACUGAAAUUUGUAAAUGAGUUUGAAGGGUCCAAUUUUUGGUUCCUGUUUGGAUUUCCUUGCGUUUGUAGUCGGUGGACGUGAUGAAGAACUAGCUAGUCCUAUAGCCUAAUAAAUAAGAAGCACUAAUCCCACAUCCAAAGGACGCCAGAGAGGAACAUAAGCAAGACCGUAUAAAUAUGAAGCAGCUAGCUACGUUGCAACAUACUUACCUGGACGAGGUAUAUGGGUGAUCAACAAGGCUAAUGCCUAGGUAAGCGACUUACAUUGCACUUGGGAAGGGCGCUUGCCUAAGGUCUCCUCAAAGUAGGAGAGCCUACGUCAUAAUUUGUGGCAGUGGGGGCCUGCGUUCGCGAUUCCCCGUUCAAUUUACAGUUGGAAGUUUAACUUGUUUUUAGGUCAAAAUCAAAGCUUUUGAUGUAUUUAAAUAGUUAAAUGAGGUCCUUCAGGAAUAAAAUCCUCUAUUACUUUCGGC